UUUCGAAAUGCUCUUCACCUACAUUUUUGGCGCUGUCCUCUUUGCCUCGCAAGCUUCUGCUGCUGUCACUCACAACAGUGUCCUCGUCGCUCGUCAAACCACCGAGGAACUACUUGCUGCUAUCCCCCCUCAAUGUCAGUCCAGCUGUGAAGAUGCCACCGCAAUCCUUCAACGAUGCGGCUCCCUUACUGGUGACGCAGCUGGUGAAUGCCUCUGCGUACCAGCGACCAUUUCUUCUCUCGACACAUGCUUCGAGUGCUUGAUCGACAUGGCCUCUGCUGGCGGCGAUACCGUCACGGACCUCGUCAGGGACCAAGCCGACCUCGUCAUUGACCAGCUCGAGACGACCUGCAGGUCAGCUGGCCGUCCCAUCGGAGGCUCUGACGACGACGACGACGCCGACGACGAUGACGACACUUCGGCCGCUCCUACUGGCACUGGCCGAAACACGAUCACUCCCUCUGGUAGCCAGACUGGAGACCUCCCUUCUGCCUCUGGAGGUGCAUCCAACGGGGAUGAACAGGAUUCCGAUAACGACCCAUCCGACCUCCUCGGCGCAGCAUCGCCUCUCUCCUUCAGCAUGGCCGCAGUCGCCGCGACUGUCGCUGGUGCCGCCCUCCUCUUCUAAGGACCGACUCUCCCUUCACCGAUGAAUGCAAGAUCACUGAUGAUUUGUUUCCUUACUGAACAUCCAUACCCACUGCUUUACCUUCGUUGUUAUACCUACUACCUUGGGUGUUGUACUUUGUCAACCCAUAAUUCGACUUUCAUUU